AUGGCAUCUACACAUCGACUACCCGCAGAAGUAUCGGCUCUAUUCCAGCGCGACGCGGCCGGUGCACUUCCACCAUUGCGCCCUCAACGGCCGUACUCUACGGAAGCGAAAACCGCCAUCGAGGGCAGCACGCUUGCCAUCCCCGUACGCGGAGCGCUCCACCUGCUCAACGACGACCUGGAUGCCGCCCACAACCUAGUACAAACAGACGAAGGCAUCCCGCUGUCGAACCUCGUGCAUGCGGUGCUGCAUCGGCGCGAGGGCGACUUCUGGAACUCCAAGUGGUGGCUCGACCGCAUCUCGACCCAACUUCUCGCCACACUCUACACCGACGGACGACGCGGAGCCAAGAACGAGACGUAG